UUUUUUUUUUUAAUGACAACAAAAAAUUCCCUGUCAGCCCUCAAUGAGCUCCAUCCCAUCGUUGCGCCGAUAACUGCCGCCACUCAGCCACCCAACCUCGUGCAACCACCGCCGCUCACUACCUAUCGCCGUCGCACCUCCGCCCCGGCAAGAUUCAAAGCUGAAGCUAUGAAGGUGUUCAAGAUUAAUGGCAGCACCCUUUCUCUUGCACUUUUCGCUGAUGUCACCAAUUCAAAGGAGCUCUUGGAAAGUAUGCAAGCUGCAACAUUGGAACCAGAAGUUGCAUUCCUCAAUGCUUUGCUUAUUCCAGAUAUUUUCCCUGUUCUGGCUGCUGCACAUAAGACCCUCAUAGCCAAGUCACGGGAUUCUUUAACAACACGGACACUUCAUUCAGAGCUGGUUUAUAAUUACUCAGGAUCCAAGCAUAUAACAGAAUCAUUGAAAAGAUGCGGCAUCUCUGAUACCACAACUUACAUCCUUGCUGCUCGAUUUGAUGCUACUCCUGAGGAGAUGAAAGCAGUUGAGAAGUUGAUUAGCGGAAAAGAGAUUGACCUGGAAGAGCUGGAAGCGAGGGCAAACCAAGCCCAGAUACAGAAACAUUACAAGAUAUCUGGCCCAGAGCUUGGUGUAUCAUCACUUGCAGAUGCAAUCACUUGCCGUAUAGCUGCUCGUGAUGCCUUGUGAAGAAUGGUUGUCAUCUGCUUGCAUGCUAAUGCUAUUUGCUUUUUAUUGAGUCCCACUUGUGAAGAAUGGAAUUGCAAAAGGAAGCUUCCAGCUCCAUUGCUGGCCACUUCGUCUUCUCACAUCUGUUGUCUUUGGAUUCUAUUUUUUUAUGCAAAAAAUGUCACACCAGCUGUAGAAAAUGAGUUUUAAAUUAAUCCAUACAGAUGGGAAAACUACUAAGCCUAGCUAGCAGACUAUGGUUUCAGGAAUUCAUGUCGAGAUGAUUAGACAGUAGCUGCUUUUAAAACAAUGGUUUCAUAAUUUACAUGAAGCAGAACGGUUAGUGAUUCUAUGUUAUUAUUUGUUGAUUC